CACUGCCAUAGACGUCAGGAGAAAGCUUGGUAUCUGGCAAGUCUAUGCAAUCCUCGAAACGCGUUAGACUGGAUGAUUCUCGUUCCCCUUCUGUAGAAGAAAUUCCUCGACCCCCUUCGAGCCAUGUUGUCAGCGACGAGGGCGAUGCUGAAGGAGAGCAGUGCAGUAUAUGCUUACAAAGGCUUGAAGACCGUACCGUCAUACCAACUUGUUCCCAUGAAUUCUGCUUCGAAUGUCUCCUUGUAUGGGCCGAGCAAUCCAGGCGAUGCCCACUCUGCCAGCAACCUGUAGGGGACUAUGUGAUACACAAAAUCCGGUCGAAGUAUGAUUAUCAGAAGCAUUUCUUGCCGCCGUUACGAUCGGCCUCUCCU